AUGGCAUCAACAUCUACCCCACUGCAGCUGCAUGUAGAACUGCAGCAACAAAUCGGGCUACCGGAGCCUCUUCACGGCACUUUGCGGGUGCAAUUGGCACAUUACCCAGUUUCGCUCGAUGAGCUCCAAGAGGUACUUCAGAAACAUUUGACAGAGCGAUUAAAAGACAGUCUCGCGACUCAACAAGAACUAGCGACAGGUUUAGCCCUGACGAUUGAGGUUUAUAAUCGGAAAAAGCAGCAGUAUACGCCGCUUGAGGAACUAUCGCAACUCGGACGCUGCUCUAGGCUAAGUGUGACACUUACAAACGUGGACGCGCUCUUUCCGAACCGCACGUGUCUCGCACUACCAUCGAGGAUCUUUGGGGUCGAUGUAGCUGCAGGUGGGGAGUUUGCAAUUGAUGGACAAGUCGUGCAGAUUGAAGAAGUGGGGAACUCGGGCAAAGGCACGGGGCUGACGUUGUGGGACGGAUCUGUGGUGCUCGCAAAGUAUCUGGAACACCAACGUCGUGAAGAGAUUGCUGGUAGUCGACUGGUUGAGUUGGGUGCCGGAACAGGACUCGUGGGGAUUGCGGCUGCGCUGCUAGGAGCUCAACAGGUGAUUCUGUCGGAUUUGGACUACGCAAUCGACAAUCUCGCAAAGAACGUGGCCGAUACGAUGAAGCUAGCGGCUAGUGCUGGUCGAAUAGUCAAGAGCGACGUCUCGACUCGCGUUCUGGACUGGUUCGACCCGCCGACGGAUUUGGGGGACAUUGACUUUUUGCUGGCAUCGGACGUCGUGUGGGUCGAGGAGCUCAUUCCGCCGCUCGUGGCGACCUUUGACACACUGCUACGUCAUUCAUCCGUGCAGACGGAGAUCCUCAUGUCGUACCAGAAGCGCAGCGUGAUGUCGGACCGUCUGCUUUGUAGUGAACUCGGGCGCUAUAACCUCGUCAAGACGCGUGUCCCAGUGACAAAGUUGCAUCCCAAGUAUUCCACAGACGGAAUCGACGUGUAUAAAAUUGUGCGGGGCACUGCCGAUUGA